UGAAAGGCUCAAAAAUAGCUAAGGCCUCAUUCAAUUUUUUGCCUUUGUUGAAUGGGGUCGCUUUCUUGUUCGCAACAAUUUCGUCAAAAUGCAUUGAAAACUUUAACGUCUUUCUCCUUUUUCAUCUCAUUCAUUCAUGGCUCAGAAUCAGAAUUGAUGGAACUGUUUCACCCAGUCUUCAUUUAAUACUACCAGGGUCCAGGGGAAUCUCUCUCUCUCUCUCUCUCUCUCUCUCUCUCUCUCUUAUCUUCACUGCAUUACACAUACUAGUCUGAGUUGCCUUGUCAGUGUCAUGUGCUCUCUCCACCACUACCAUCCUUUUAUAUCUAUUUAGUUUAAUUUUUAUUCUCCCUCUCUCUCUUCACACAAACACACACACACACACUGCAUUACUAGCUGUAGACUGUAGUGUGUGUCUUAAUCUGUUGACAGUUGUUGGAGAAUUUCAGCAAUCUGAUAGCAAACACAUUGUUCAUUCAUGUAAAUCUUGUGCUAGUGUAAAUUUGUUUGGCAAAAUGGGGUCAAGGUUUUCUUGGUUCUUGCUUCUGCAUUGUUGGGUUUUUCUGAUUUUGAGUUUGGGAGUGUGCUGCGAUGGUUCUGAGGUGGCUGUGAAAUUACUGGAGACUCCUCAUGCAUUCUCCAACAGAAAUUACUCCACUUUCUCUUUCCAAGUUUUGGUGGCUGGCAAUGACACCAUCUGCUCCGACUGUUCCACCACUUGCAAGCUGGAUCAUGGCAAGGAUUCAGCUUGUGAAGGUGGAAGGAUAUCGUAUUCAAGAUUAUUAGAUGGGAAUCAUUCAUUUGAGGUGUGCACGAAAGGGUCUCGGGGAGUUGCCUGUGCGAGCUAUAACUGGACCAUUGACACGGUUAAACCCACAGCGCAUCUAACAGGAGCGACGAGCUUUACAAGUGCUUCUCGUGUUUCAGUGAACAUAUCUUUCAGUGAGCCCUGUGGUGGUGGUUUCAUGUGCCCUUCUGUAAAUGCCUGCAACCUUCUUGUUUAUGGUGCUGGAGAGGUCUUGCCAAAUACACUCAACGUUAUCGAGCCAAGCAUGAAAUACUCUCUAGUUGUCAGCGUAUCUGAGAGAGUUCGAUAUGGACGCUUGAUCCUGGUAAUGGACAAAGAUUUCUGUACAGACUCUGCAGGAAACCAAUUUACAAGAACAGAUAACUCAAGUUUAGUAAUACAUUUUGAUAAACGAAGUGUGCUUGUGAACAUGAGAACUCAUAUACCCGAAAGGCUGCUUCAGAUAAGCACUGAAACUAGAACUAUAUUGGCAACUAACAAGGACAAGUUCUUAAAGAUAUAUCUGUAUUUCACCGAACCUGUCAUGAAUUCGUCUGCUGAAAUCUUGAACUCCAUCGACAUAAAUCAAGGAUCACUCGUUCCCAUAAAUGGGAGUAGCCAUGGACAGCGUAGAUUUGGCUACCAGAUUACUAAUAUAUCAAACAUGGCUAUUUUUACUGUGAGCCUGCAGUCGAACUUGGUGAUCACUAGACAGGGGACCCCCGUUGCUCCCGUAUCUCCUGUAACGUUUCUCUAUGAUUCUCAAAGACCAACUGUUAGGCUGAGCACAACAUGUGACAUGCGGACAAAAGAGAAGAGUAUUCUUGUCAUGAUCAAAUUUAUGAAGCCAGUAUUCGGUUUCAACUCAUCUCAUGUAUCAGUUUCUGGAGGGUAUUUGCAGAGCUUCCAAGAGGUGAGUAGGAGAAGCUACACGGCCCAUAUACGAGCAGAGACCGAUGCCAUAUCCAUUUAUGUUCCUGAAAAUGUGACAUCCGAUGUUUCAGGGAAUGGAAACGGAGCAUCUAAUACUCUGCAAGUCAGGCACUAUUCAGCACCCGUUGAAUCUUUGGUGCUUUCGUACUUUGCCACCACUGCUUUUGGCAUUACAGCUUUGGUUGCCGGCUUUCUAUCUGUUUCGACAGCAAGUUUGCUAUCUUCUGGAGCAUACUCCAAACCGAGUGCUAUCUUGUGCUUCGACCCUGCCAGAAAUCUCUUUAGAAUCGCAUCGCAUAUUCAAAUUUUUGCACUGUGUAAAUGGUUAGGAGUCACCUUACCUGUCGAAUAUUAUGAGCUUGCAAGAGGCUUACAGUGGAGUAUUCCUUACUUCAAUCUCCCAUGGGAGAAGGGCGACCUGCAUUUAGUCAUGGUGGGCUCAACUUCACCCAAGGAUCGGCUGAUUCGUGCUCCCAAAGAUCACGAUUCAAUAUUCGUUGAGGGCCUUAAACCCGAAGCUGCAAAUGUGGAUUCAGCCAAGGUUUUUGGGUUGCCUCUGAACCCUUUGGAGUAUGCAUCAUAUUUUGAGAGCCAGUCUACCAUGCCAGAAGCAGAAUACAUUUUGGAUCCACAGAAUUCACACGGAUGGAGAGAUUUCAGCAGAAGCAUGUUCUGGCUAGCUGUAAUCGGAGGCGGUUUGAUACUGCUCCAUGCUCUACUCUUCAUGAUCCUCAAAUUCAAGAAGCAAAUCAAGGAUAAACAAAGCUAUGGAGCACUCAUUUUUCCAAGAUUUGAGAUCUUUCUUCUGAUCCUAGCACUACCUUGCAUCUCCGAAGCAUCAGCAUCACUAAUCAAAGGAGCAACGCCUUCUGGCACAAUUGUUGGUGUUCUCGUGCUAAGCCUAGUAGCUUUCAUGCUACUCUGCCUGCUCAUAUUCCUCUCUUUCGGCAUCACAUUUGGAAAGCUGCUUCAAUAUAAAGAGGUUCACCAAGAGGGCCAAACAUUCCACUGGUAUCAGGAGCUCAUUCGAGUCACAUUAGGCCCCGGCAAGAGAGGCCAAUGGACGUGGAAGAACGAGCGUCGUUCCAUCUACUUAACCAUCCUAGGCCCUCUCUUUGAGGAUCUGAGAGGCCCUCCAAAAUACAUGCUGUCACAGAUCUCCGGAAGCAGCCUCAGCAAGCCGGGCGACAGGAUCAUCGCCUCAGACGAUGAGACAGAGGAUGCAGAGGCGCCUUUCAUACAGAAGCUCUUCGGGAUCCUCAGGAUCUACUAUACCUUGCUAGAAUCCGCGAGGCGCGUGGCUCUUGGCAUCUUUGUGGGUGCCUACUCCCAAACAUGGACAUCGAGGACCCCCACAAUCGCCCUGCUUUGCAUCACCGCAUUCCAGCUCUUCUUCAUGGUGCUCAAGAAGCCAUUCAUCAAGAAGAAGCUCCAGCUUGUUGAGAUCAUCUCUGUCUCCUGCGAGCUCGUGAUCUUUGCGUGCUGCCUUGUCCUCUUGGACAAGCAGCUCUCGCCCCAGGGCGAGAGGAGGCUAGGGAUUGCAAUGGUGCUGGUGUUCUUGCUAGCAUUUGUAGUACAAAUCAUCAAAGCGUGGCAUGCAUUGUACAAGCAGAUCAAGCAGUUGGAUCCCAUCACAUAUUCGUUUUUUCUUGGCCUUGAAACGGCAGCCAUUGGAUUUGCAUUGCUGGUUUUGCCUCAUUGUUGGAUCAAGAAUCUGCUCCGGCGGUUUCCCAUCAACAAUCCCGGUGAGACGGAUACCACGAGCAGGAAUCGGAGCUCUGGAAGCCGGAGCUCCGGGGAUAAGCCGUGGCUGAGGCAUAUAAGGGAGAUAGCGAGGUCUAGUUUCAGCAGAGAAGGAAGCAAGCCGUCCACUCCAACUGACCCCUCUUCGAGUAAGGUGAGGUGGAGUGGGUUCUGGAGGAAUAAGAGAAGUGGGAGCUCGUCGGCGUCGGUGUCAGCGUCGGCAUCAACGUCGACGGAUUAUAAGGCGAAGCCGAGGGGGCUGUACAAGGAGUUGGAAGACAUUUUUGCAUCCAAAUGAGAGGUUUCCAUCAAGCUUUGCAUGCAUGGGCGUGACUGAUGAGCAUAAACAGGGGAUGUCAGCAUUUUUCAGAUCUUAUUUUGUAUUUUUCAAUGAUUCAUGAUAGAUUGAGGAAAAUCGGGGUAGCUCGUAAAUUUUCUUCA